ACAAAAUGCUGUCUGCAUUAUCUCACUAAUAAUCACUUUCUUUGUAUUUAAUCAUUACUAAAUACGCAACGGCAUUGAUUAAUUACUGGACAGAAAAAAUUGAUUCAUUAUAUCACUGAUUCACAGAUGCUAAUCACUCCAUCUUCUCUCACUUAAACUUUAUUUCUCUCCUUCACUCUGUUGCUAGACAUGCUUCUUCAUCUUCUCCAACUCCUACUGUUAAUAUCCUCACUCGCUAAAUCCUCAGCUGAUAAUCAUGAAACAGCCAAAACCUACAUAAUCAGAGUAGACACUUCAUCAAAACCCUCAAUUUUCCCUACUCAUCUCCAUUGGUACACCGCCGAAUUCACCGACCCCUCCGCCAUCCUACACACAUACGACACCGUUUUCCACGGCUUCUCCGCCGUCCUCACUCCAUCCGCGCUCGCUGCCAUCCGUCGCCACCCCUCCGUCCUCACCGCCUUCGAAGACCGCCGCCGCCACCUCCACACCACUCGCUCCCCUCAAUUCCUCGGCCUGCACAACCAGCGCGGCCUUUGGUCGGAAUCCGACUACGGCUCCGACGUCAUAAUCGGAGUUUUCGACACCGGAAUUUGGCCGGAGCGGCGCAGCUUCUCCGACCGAAAUCUCGGUCCUGUGCCGAGGCGCUGGAGAGGAACUUGCCACACAGGCGUGAAAUUCAGCGCGAGUAACUGCAACAGAAAAAUCAUCGGAGCUAGGUUUUUCGUCAAAGGUCAUGAGGCGGCGGUGCGAAUCGGCGACGUUGCGGUCUCCGGCAUUAAUGAGACGAUCGAGUUUAAGUCGCCGAGAGACGCCGAUGGACAUGGCACGCACACAGCUUCCACCGCUGCGGGGAGAUAUGUUUACAGAGCUAGCUUGGAGGGGUACGCCGCCGGCAUAGCGAAAGGCGUCGCGCCGAAAGCUCGAUUGGCGAUAUACAAAGUGUGCUGGAAGGAUGCAGGCUGCUUCGAUUCCGAUAUAUUAGCUGCGUUCGACGCCGCCGCCAACGACGGAGUCGACGUCAUUUCGAUCUCAAUCGGCGGCAGCGACGGCAUCUCCUCGCCGUACUACCUCGAUCCAAUCGCGAUUGGCUCAUACGGCGCCGUUUCGAGAGGGAUUUUCGUCUCCUCCUCGGCUGGCAACGACGGGCCUAAUGGAAUGUCGGUGACUAACCUCGCUCCCUGGCUCACCACCGUCGGAGCUGGAACGAUUGAUCGGAAUUUCCCGGCGGAUGUGAUUCUCAAGGAUGGGAGAAACUUCUCCGGCGUGUCGCUUUACGCCGGAAAGCCGCUAAAAGGCAAAAUGUACCAUCUCAUUUAUCCGGGGAAAUUCGGUUUAAUCUCUGCUUCUCUCUGUUUAGAAAACUCUCUCGAUCCUAAUCAUAUUAGGGGCAAAAUCGUAAUCUGCGACCGCGGCAGCAGUCCACGUGUCGCGAAGGGAUUGGUGGUAAAAAAAGCUGGAGGCGUCGGAAUGAUCCUCGCCAACGGAGCUUCCAGCGGCGAGGGAUUAGUCGGAGACGCUCAUUUGAUCCCAACCUGCGCAGUUGGCUUCUCCGACGGAGUUCGAAUAAAGGCGUAUUUAGCUUCCAAUCCUAAAGCAAAAGCAACCAUCAAAUUCCGCGGCACAGUUGUCGGAACCAAGCCGGCGCCGGUGGUGGCGUCAUUCUCCGGGAGAGGUCCGAACGGGCAGAAUCCGGAGAUCCUAAAACCAGAUCUGAUCGCCCCCGGCGUCAACAUCUUAGCUGCGUGGACCGAUGCAGUCGGUCCGACGGGUCUGGAUUCGGAUAAUCGGAAAGCAGAAUUCAACAUUUUAUCCGGAACCUCCAUGGCUUGCCCUCACGUGAGCGGCGCCGCGGCGCUGCUCAAAUCGGCUCAUCCUGAUUGGAGCCCGGCGGUGAUCAGAUCGGCAAUGAUGACGACGGCGAGCGUGGUGGACAAUUCAAUGAAUCCGAUGAUCAACGAGGAGAGCAAAAAAGCGGCGAAUCCCUACGAUUACGGCGCAGGGCACUUGAAUCUGGAUCUAGCCAUGGAUCCGGGGCUGGUUUACGAUCUGAGCAACGACGACUAUGUGAGUUUCCUCUGCGCGAUUCAGUACGGGGCGAAGACGAUAGAGGUGAUCACGCGGUCGCGGGUGAAUUGCCCGAUGAGGAAGCCGCUGCCGGAGAAUCUCAACUAUCCGUCGAUCGCGGCGGUUUUUGCAAAAGGCGGGAGAUCGACGAGCCAGAUGUUUUUUCGGAUGGUGACGAACGUGGGGGAGGCGAACGCGGUGUACCGGGUCAGGGUCGACCCGCCGAAGGGGGUGGAGGUGAGCGUGAGGCCGAGGAAGCUUGUUUUCUCGGAGAUAAACACAAGGCUGGGCUACUAUGUAAAUGUGACGGUUGACGGGAAGAAUUUGGCGGUGGGCGAUUCGGGUGUGGUUUUCGGGUCGCUUAUUUGGGCGGAUGGGAAGCGCAUGGUUCGGAGCCCCAUUUUGGUGACUCAAGCGGAUCCAUUCUAGAUUGGUUUUUAACUACUCAUAUUGCAUUGUUUUAGUCUCUAUCUAAUUUGCUUUUAAAAGCGUAAAUUCAUUUUCAACUUAUGGUUUUAUAAGGUGAAUAGGUAUAUUAUGGUGAAAGUUUGUUAGU